AUGGCCAUAGGUAUGAAACUGAGCUCAUCCAAGAAAGUAUCAGAACAGGGUGCAGACACCCGAGUGGGAUUCAUCUCCCAUUUGUACGAUGAACUUGCGUACUGGCAAGCAAUCAGGACUUUCAAGGAUGAUAGAGAGCUACAAGUUGGAGCAAGUAUCUCUCCGGAGCUACUUAGCGCAAUCGAACAGUCUCAUCUUGCCAUCGUUGUCCUCUCACCAAACUAUGCUACUUCUGGGUGGUGCUUGGAUGAACUUGCCAACAUCAUUGAAUCCAUGGAAACAAGGAAUAACACAAUCCUGCCCGUCUUCUUUCAUGUGGAUCUGUGCCAUGUACGGUACCAAAGGGGAAGCUUUGCUCAAGCUUUUGCCAAGCAUGAAGAAAGAUAUGGUAAUGGCACAGAUAAGUUGAACAAGUGGAGAGCAGCUUUAGCAAAAGUAGCCAGUCUGUCUGGAUGGGAUUUGAAGAAUUAUGAAUCUGAGAGAGAGCUCAUCAAAGUCAUUGUCAAAUGUGUAUGGAGUAAGGUGCGUCCUACAAUUACAUUGUUAAACUCCACAGACAAGUUAGUUGGAAUUGAUUUUAGACUUGUGGAAUUGGGUAUUCUGUUAGCUCCUGAGGCAAAUGAUGUUCGGUUUAUAGGGCUAUGUGGUAUGAGUGGGAUUGGUAAGACAACCCUGGCUAAGCUAGUAUAUGAGAGAAUUUCUCAUCAGUUUGAAGUCAGCAAGUUUCUUUCUAAUGUUAGAGAGGUGUCUUUGAAACAUGGCACUCUAGUUGAACUUCAAAAGCAGCUUCUUUCCCCAAUUUUGAAGGAAAAAAUUGCACAAAUUUGGGAUGAACAAGAAGGAACCUCUUUUACUAGGAAAUGCUUGUUUAAUAAAAAGGUUCUUCUGAUUGUUGAUGAUGUUGAUCAUUGUUGGCAACUCGAAAUAUUGGUUGGAAAUAAAUCUUGGUUUGGUAAUGGAAGCAGAAUUAUUGUUACAAGUAGAGAUAAACGUCUCCUUAUUGAGCGAGACAUAGAGACACUCUAUGAAGUUGAAAGAUUGAGUCCCAAUAAAUCUCUUGAGCUAUUCAGCCAAAAUGCAUUCUGUAAAGAUAAGCCUGAGGAAGAUUUUGCACAGAUGUCAGAGUGUUUUGAAGAUUAUUCAAAAGGGCUUCCAUUAGCUCUUAAAGUUUUGGGCCGUUCUUUGUAUAAAAGAGAUAUAGGUGCAUGGAAAAGUGCAUUGGAUAAACUAAAGAAAAAUCCUGUUCCAGCAAUUUUUGAUACCCUCAAAUUGAGUUUAUGA